AUGUUAAUGCCUAAUAUACUCGUAACUGGGACACCAGGUACUGGUAAGACUAAGUUAAGCAAAAAACUUGGCAAGAAAUUUAGAAACUACAAAGUUGUAGAACUCUCAAAAGUCAUCAAAAAGAAGAAAUUAUUUAGUGAAUGGGAUGAUGAAAUGGAAAGUAGUAUCUUUAAUGAGACUAUGGUCAUUAGAUAUCUGCAAAAACUAUUUAAGAAGUGUAAAAGACUUAACAAGCCAAUUAUACUAGACUUUCACUCAGUUGACUUUCUAUCUGCAGAGUGGUUUGAUAUAGUUAUCUGUCUUAGGGCAGAGACUGAUGUCUUGUAUGAUAGAUUGAAAGAGAGGAGUUAUCCUGAUAAGAAGAUUAAGGAGAAUAUAGAAUGUGAAAUAUUCAAUGUCAUUUAUGAGGAUAUAACUUCAAAAUUUGGCGAGGGUAAUAUAAUAAGCCUAUCUAAUAACAACUUAGCCCAGCAGAAGAGGAACUUAAUUAAGAUUUCCGAAAAAGUUACAUUAUUUAAGAGUAGGUUUUAG